AUGUUCGGUUACAUGUCAGUGAGUGACGUUUUCGGAUUUUUACAAAAUCUGCAGACAUACCCAAUCGUUCGCGGAUCUCCGAAAUGUUUGCUGCAAGCGCAACCAGAAAGUGGCUGUCCAACAAAUAAAAUAUCGGGUCCUUCACCGAUUUUGGCGUUGACGUAUUUGUCAGGUGUCAAGUCAUCAAACCCGACAUGA